AUGAAGAUUAACGCCCUCCCUCUCCUGUUCGCCACCGCUGCCAGCGCCAGUGUCCAGGGCUUCGACAUUUCUGGCUAUCAACCUAAAGUGGACUUUGCCGGUGCUUAUGCUGCUGGUGCCCGCUUCGUCAUGAUCAAGGCGACUGAGGGUACCAGCUUCAUCUCUAGCUCUUUCUCGAGCCAAUACCAGGGUGCCACUAGCGCCGGUCUGCUCCGUGCCAAGUACUUCAUCGCCCACGGUGGUGGUUGGUCUGAUGAUGGCCUGACCCUGCCCGGCAUGCUGGACAUUGAAUACAACCCAUCCGGCGCAACCUGCUAUGGGCUCAGCCAUUCAGCCAUGGUUUCCUGGAUCAAGGACUUUGGCGAGACCUACAAGAGCGCCGCUGGCCGGUACCCUAUGAUCUACACCACCGCCGACUGGUGGAACACCUGCACUGGUGGCAGCACGGCAUUCAGUCAGGACUACCCGUUGGUUCUGGCUCGAUACAGCACUUCGGUCGGCACUAUCCCCGGUGGCUGGCCUUUCCAGAGCUUCUGGCAGAACUCGGAUGCGUAUAGCUUCGGAGGUGAUUCGGAAAUUUGGAAUGGCAGUGAGGCCUCUCUGAAGACAUUUGCCAAGUCCGCUGCUUAA